AUGAGCGGGAGCACGACCGCAACCGGGUUUACAGUCAGCCGCUGGGACGCCACCGCCGACACGAGGUUGCAUGCGAUGCAGCUGCUCGGAGCACGGACCGGGUACCGCAUGAAUCAGACGCCCACGAUCAUGUGCAACAUCCUGGUCAACACCUGCCUGGCGUGCGGGAAGGUGGCGUCGACGAAGGUGACGCUGUGCGACAGAGGCCGGGACGGCGUCGACAUGAAGGUGUCCAUGGACCUCAAGGUGAUCAUGAACACGACGGUGGUCUGGGCCGCCCUGAACAUCGUCGUGACCGACGCCCUGGUCCUGCUGCCAUCCGAGAACAUGACCAGCCACAUGACGCCCUACAUGCGUAUCGGUCUGCCCAUGGCCGUCUUCAGCAGGAUGUACUCGGCCUUGAGGGUGGCAGGCGACCAAACGCAGAGUGUGAAUGGCGUGUCCUUUGACUGA